CCUGCACAUUCACGUUAAAAAAAACCCAAAAGGGGGCCACUGAUAUUUCGGAAGACCUGCAUACAUUACCAGUUUCAAAAACCCCUCCUUCCACUCAUGCGCAUCCCUCCUUGAGAUUCACCACACACCGAAAAUACAUUUCACAAAGACACGCCUCUAGUAGUUGUGAGGAAAUGGUCACGACUGAUUUGCAAUCUGACAAGGCAGGGCAAAAUCAGAUAUUGGGUCAAGUAUGGAUCGGACUUUUUCCAGUCACUGACGCUGCACACUUCCCACGCCGAUGUUGCUCGAUUUAUGAUCCCUCGGUUAAUUUCAGUUAUGGAGAUCCUGAAGCGCGAACAUCUGAAAACCUUGGAUGUUCCAGCAGGACAGUUGAUGGAUUGUAUCAGUACAAUGAACUGCAAUGGGAACAACGUGGCAAAAUCGCUGCAGAAGGGAAGAUCGGUAAUAAGAAUUUUGGAAGGUAAAAAACAGCGCGUAUUUCGCGUAUGGAAGUCGGUGCUCGGACUGACACUGUUCCACACAACGAAAGUUCAACCGCGAACACAGCUGAAUGCUGAUUUCUCUGUCGGUGUUGGCGUCAGGGACGCCGAACUCGUCGUUGGUCAAACGCUGUCUGCUUUCAUGAUGGUGAAGGCUAUGUUGGCCGGAGGGAAAAAUAAAGCUCAAACAGAUAUCAGUCAAGACGCCCGAAGCACCGGAAUGGUGAUAGGAAGUCCACGGUCUACCUCGAGGCCACGUAUCGCGAAGUCCUGCAAUGUGCCAUUUGCUAACUUGGGUAUGCAUCUAGAAGAUGCCACUUACGUUAGAUGGUUCAGAUCUGAUCACAUAAAGGCGAUGAUGACACGCGAUAAAAGGUUUGAGGGCGGAACACUUUCGGAUGAACCUUGUACAGCAACGUGGAUCCAGAACAAGGUAUUUCAGCUAAAAUACUGCAACGAGAACGUUAAACAAGACUCAGGAGCUGUGUUGGAAUGGGUAUCUCGUUGAUCAGUUUAGAUUGAUAUGCAUGAUGCGUGUCCGUUCCUGCUGUUUUCGACGUAAAGAAGCUUGUAGACGAGUUCGGAUGCGAAAUUGAUAUCCAUUGAUCAGUACAAGCCAGUGCGAUCAUGUCCAUAGGUCGUUUAAUUAAGUUGAAUGUGUGCCGCUCUUCUUCACGAGUCUCUUUGUAGCCAUCCAAAAAUCUUCUCAGUUUCGAUCGCACCUAGGUCGCAGAAGGCAGUAGCAGCACUGGUCCAGAGUGCAUCUUGAUCGAAUAGUCAUUUAGUUUCUCUUGUGGUCCAUGAAGUAUAAGUGACACGAAGUAAU